UCACCAAUCGGUGCCAUAUCUGGAGGAGACUAACGGAACAGUUAUUGAUUUGUCGAGUUUUGAAGCCACUCGUCCCAUGCUAAACUUCUUGGCCUACGAUAGUGCCUAUGCGGCUACGGAUAUGUUGGUAAAGGUAAUUGCCAUGGAAUUAGGACCUAAAGGCAUACGAAUCAAUGCAAUCAAGCCCGGGUUCAUUAUGCAUCCAAACAUAACGGUGCCAAAGGACAAAGUGGUCCAAUUGAUAAGGGAGACACCACUAGGUAGACCUGGUGCCCCCUUAGAUAUCGCCAAAGGGGUGGCAUUUUUGGCCUCAACUGACGCUCAGUUCAUAACGGGUGUCACUCUUAUGAUCGAUGGCGGACUCGUCUUCAAUGUAACGCCAUUUUAA